AUAUUCCGCAGCCUCGUUCUUGAAGACGCCAUCAAAAGCAAUCUCCUUUGAUCGGUUUCCUUACGUUUUGUUUAGGUGCUGUUGCUAACUCACUGUUUGCCUAUCCAAAAUUGUUUACUUGGAAGAAGAAGAAGAAAAUUGACUGAGAUGGUGAAGGACAAAUUAAAGAAACAUGUUCUCACGGCUUUCACUUAUAAUGGUGACUUUGCGGCCAUUCUGUCUCCCAAUGGAAAGGCCAAAAUUUGGAACACAAGCACUGGAUAUUUGUUAGCAGAGUGGAAGGCAUCAGAUGGAGAUCACGAUAUUCGUUAUUCUUGUAUUGCAUGUAGUUUCAUUGGAAAAAAGAAAAGAACAGGGAACUUGCUUAUUAGCUCUUGGCACAGUUGACGGAAGCGUUCUGGCUGUUGAUGUUUCCAGUGGUGAGAGAGAGUGGACUACUAACUACCCUGGGGGCGUUUGUGGACUUACAUUUGCACAGAAAGGACAUAUCCUUCGAAUUGUUGGACAUAAUGGGAUGGGAUACGAGGUUAACACUGAAACUGGAGAGCUUUUAAAAGAAUUUAAAAUUUCAAAAAAGUCCAUCUCUUCUCUAUCUUUCUCACAUGAUGAAAAAUAUUUAGCUAUUGUGAGCACUAAACUGAGGGUAAUAAGCUGGGAAAUUGGGAAAGAGGUUCUGAAGUUCCCUGAUGAUUUGGGAAAUGCACAGUAUGUUUCUAUAUCCAGUGAUGCUAAAGUUUUAGUUACAUCAGAUCUUGAGUGUAAGCAUCUUCAAGUUUGGAGGUGUGAUUUAAAUUCAGGAACUGUGAGUAGUGGUCCUACACUUCCCAUGAAGCAUCGACCAUUAGUUCUUGAAUGCCACUGUGGUUGCAAUAAAGAAGAAGAUUUUGUUGUCUUAGCAGUUACGAGUUCAGGUUCUGCUUAUAUAUGGAAUUUGAAUAACUCCUCCGAAGAUCAGAUACAGCCAACUAAAUUGACAACAAAUACUAAAAAAGUUGAAACUGAUAUGGAAAACAGUGAAAGUUCAAAGAAAAAGCGGACAUCAAUUAUUGCAUGCAGAUUACAAUCUGUAGGGGAAGACAAACAGAUGAAAGCUCUUGUGACUUAUGGUUCUGUUGAUCAUCCACAGUUUACUGUCUUAAAUAUUAGCAAUUCAGGGGAGAAUAUAAUAUUAAAUGUAGGAGAUGAGGCUGAUUCUGUUCAGCUGCAUGACAAUCCUUCUAGCAAAGCUGUACCAACAGAAACCAAGAAGGCUAAGAAAAGACAAGCAACAUCUGAUCCUGAUCUUCCGACCAGAACUGACGAGAUUGAUUUUGAUCAACGAGAGGCUGCAGAAGGAGUCCUUCUUGAUGAUGAUCUGAAUGAACCAACAAUGGGAGAGAAACUUGCUAGUCUCAGUCUGCUGGAUGAGAACAAAUCCAUGAGUCAGAAAGAGCCAGAAUCAUCUAUCCCAGCAAAGCCUCCAAGUGCAGACUCUGUUCAUGUUUUGCUUAAGCAGGCAUUAAAUGCUGAUGAUCGCGCCCUUCUGUUAGAUUGCUUGUAUACGCAAGAUGAGAAGGUUAUUAGGAAGUCAAUUGCACAGUUGAACCCAUCUAACGUCCUCAAACUUCUACACUCUCUCAUAUCCAUUAUUGAAUCUAGGGGUGCAAUUUUGGCAUGUGCUCUUCCAUGGCUGAAGUGUCUACUACUACAACACGCAAGUGGAAUAAUGUCCCAGGAAUCUUCAUUAAAAGUUUUGAACUCUCUGUAUCAAUUGAUUGAGUCUAGAGUUUCCACCUUCAAAUCUGCCAUCCAACUCUCAAGUUGCUUAGACAUCCUUUACACGAGGGUUGUUGAUGAGGAGGUAGAUGAAGGUGAAAUAGUUCCAGUCAUCUACGAGGAUAAGGAUGACAGUGAAGAAGAAUCUGAGGAUGCCAUGGAAACUGACCAAGAUGAACAACAAUCAGAUGAAGCAUUUGAUGGUGUUAGUGACAUUGAUGCAAGUGAUGAUAUAUUGGAAGAUUGAUAGUGUCAAGCACACUUUUUUGUUUCUUCUCAAAACUUGUCUCAGCUCAAGUGAACAUUGAUUGGUCCUCAAUUUAUGUUACAACCCCCAUAUAUUUGCCUAUGCACAUACUAAUACCAACACGUUUGAAAAUUUGACAUUCCU